AUGGCGGAUCACCAAGACGACGAAGACCUGAAAUUGGCUUUGAAGAUGAGUAUGCAGUCUAAUCCUCCGGAACCGAAGCGGAGUAAACCCAUAGAAGAAGAAACUGGAUCCGGAUCUCAAUCGGGUGGUUCCUCUGGUGAGUCGCCAGAGGCAAAAAGCCGGCGGUUGCAACGGGAGCUCAUGGCUGCUGCAGCCGAGAAACGAAUGUCGGUAUUGCCUAAGAUCCCUCCGGUUCAGCCCAGAGCUCCGGCUCCACCAAUUACUGUUGCUGAUAAGGAUCGCGAACUUGUGAAGAGCGAUAUACCGUUGGGAUCUGGUGACGGUGAUGGUGAUGCUUCCGGGAGGGAGUUAUCGCCGGAAGAGUCUAAUCAGUUGUUUUCAAUGUUGUUUGGGAAUGAUGUAUCCAAAAGUAUUCUUGCACAGUGGACUAACCAAGGCAUAAGGUUUAGCCCUGAUCCUGAAACUACUAUAGGCUUAGUGCAGCAUGAAGGUGGGCCCUGCGGUGUUUUAGCAGCAUUGCAAGCAUUUGUUCUUAAAUACCUUCUUUACUUUCCGGAUGAAAUAGGUAUAGCUUCCUCAAGUUCGGGUGUCAGGACAUCAUCUAAAAAUCGAUAUGUUGCAUCAGACUCUUUUGCUUCUGUACCAGAAGAAGCAAAAACAAGGGCCCUUGUUAGAAGCAUGUGUGAGAUUCUAUUUAUGUGUGGAAACAAUAACCGCACUGUAAUAGCCACUCUAUCUACUUCUGAGGAUUCAAAUACUAGUCAGAAACAUGAGGCAAUGGCUGGAGGGCUCCCAAUUGAGUCUGCUGCAGAUUUGCAGAAGAUCUUAAGAAUUGAGACAUUCACAACUCAAUCCAGUGCCCUUAAUAAGCUAGAAGGCACAAUAAAUGCUUUCCAAAGUCGCAUGGGGGCUUUGCUAUUCCUUAUUUCUGCUUUACUCUCUCGUGGACUGGAUUCCGUUCAAACCGACAGGGAUGAUCCAAACCUCCCCCUAGUAACUGCACCUUUUGGGCAUGCCUCCCAGGAAAUUGUAAACCUACUGUUGUGUGGAGAAGCGGUUCCUAAUGUGUUUGAUGGAAGGAUUGAUUUUGGAGGCAACAUGUUUCUACAAGGCAUAUCUAAGCAUGUGGAGGUGGGCUUCCUCACGUUGCUCGAGUCUCUCGGUUUCUGCACAGUCGGUCAGAAUCUCAAAUGUCCGAAAUGGCCAAUAUGGGUUAUUGGCAGCGAGUCACAUUACACCGUUCUGUUUGCACUUGAUCCAUCCGUCCAAGAAGAAAACGAACUUGAGCUGAGGGAGUCUCAGAUAAGAAGAGCUUUCGAUGCUAGAGACCAAAGCGGAGGAGGAGGCUUCAUCAGCGUUGAGGCCUUCCACCAAGUUCUUCAGGAAACAAACAUUAGACUCCCAACCGAGAAGCUCAACGAUAUCUGCGCCACGGGGUUCAUCGUGUGGAGCGAGUUAUGGCAAGUCAUAUUGGAGUUAGACCGAAAUUUGGGAGGGAUAAAGGAUUCAACAGGAAUGAUGGGGAAGAAAGUGUUUGAUAUUUAUCACUUCAACGGGAUUGCAAAAUCUGAUAUAAAUGGUGGAGGUCAAGCAAUGGCUGUAGAAAGUGGGGCAGUUCCUACGCAAAGGCCACGGCUCACGAAACUAAGCGUCUCUGUUCCUCCAAAAUGGACACCAGAGGAGUACAUGUCGUCGGCAAUGCCGAGCAGCUCUGAGAAAGACUCAGAAGUGAAUCAGCCGAAACCGGCACAGCAUGCACCGUUGGUGGAUUGUAUCAGAACGCGGUGGUCACGGGCCACUUGUAGCUGGGCUGGAGAUCCUCCCAGUAUAGUCUGA